AUCAGUAUUCGGUACAAAUAAAAACUAAAAUGAACGAUGCUGUACGAAUGUUUGCAGUAUAGAAUACUAAAAAGUGGAAAAUUAAUAUUGUUCUUCUCAAUAUGGGGCUAAUUACAUCCUGUUGUAAACCCUCAGCAUCAGAUGUAUUGACUCCAGAUACAGAAACACGACGUCGUCAACAAGUCGAAGCAGCUGAACGUCGUCGUGUUCAAGAAGAGGCCAGGGGUGUAAAAGAUCCAAAUAGGGUGAAAAGAAUGCAACAACGAUCUGAAGAGAUGGAACAAAGAGAACAAGAGUUACAAAAGCAGGGUGGAGCUACUCUAAAGUGGUCAGCUGACUGAGAUCAGGCCCAAAGUGGGCCUAGCAGAGCGAACCCGAAUGAAAAAUAUAAAUACAAAAAUUAAGCUAGGUAUCAUUAAUGUGCUAUCUCUAUUCAUCUAUUUUGUAUAUUUCUACACAAUAGUCUAUGCCUAUGACGUGACCAAUUUUUCGAUGCUAUUCUAUACACCCCACAACAUUUAUACUUAAGAGCUUUUGUGUAUAUUAUGGUGAAUAAUUUAUUGAAAUAUAUUCUGUAAUACAUAAUUUAUAUUUCUAGUUAUAAAAUAUAAAUGUCUAUUAGAUAAGAGUAAUGUAAUAUAUGCUAUGAGAUGUGUUAUGUAUGUCAUACCUUUGAUUUUAUUAAAGUGUACUUGUUCAA